AUGGCAGCCAUCUCCUCCAGCAGCUCGCUUGUGGCCACCUGUUACCAGUGUGUCCUGGGUUCCACUUCUGGUAACAUCUCCUGUGCAAGUGCAGCCAUCCCUCGCCACCCUGGUCUCAUCAAGGCUGACUCAGGUUAUUGGUGGGCAAGGUUCUUUUUUGGGAAGUCCACUCUCGCAUUCAUGGCUAUAGUGUUGGAUUCUCCAGAAGGCUCAGAAUCUCCUCAGGCCUCCAGUAGCAUGAUCACCUGUGACUCAGCUCUGGAAGCCUUGAGGAAGCAGCCUGGUGGCCAGCCUGGAAAAGCCAACACUGGGCCCCAAUCCUGA